AUGAGGGCCCCUGCACCGGGGGCUUUACGGCCCGGCCGUGGGUUCGGCCGCAAAGCAGAGGGCCGCCUCUCCCCGCCUCCCGGUCCCCAACAACAGGCCCGGCCGUGGGUCCGGCCGCAGAGCAGAGGGCCGCCUCUCCCCGCCUCCCGGUCCCCAACGACAGGCCCGGCCGUGGGUCCGGCCGCAGAGCAGAGGGCCGCCUCUCCCCGCCUCCCGGUCCCCAACGACAGGCCCGGCCGUGGGUCCGGCCGCAGAGCAGAGGGCCGCCUCUCCCCGCCUCCCGGUCCCCAGGGACAGGCCCGGCCGUGGGUCCGGCCGCACAGGCUCGUCCCCUCCGGCCGCAGAGGCCCGCCCGCCGGUCGGAGGGCCGGUUGGAAGGGCGGGAAGCCAGGGCCCGGAAGGCAGGCCAGCGGUGGCGCUGCGGCCCCUAGUUGGGGCGGAGAAAGAACCGGGUCUUCAUCCCGCGACUCACUCACCUUGGUGGAGCCCGGGAGCCUCCGGCUGGCGAGUUGGGGGGCGCGCGGCCGGCAGGACGACGGCGGGGGUCGGGCGCCAGCCCGGCGCAGACCCGCCCCAGCCGGCGGCGCCCCCAGCCCGGGGGAAUCGCAGGACAACCCGGAAGUGGCCGAGGACGGGAACCGACUUUCGCGCCAACGGCGCGGGCCCCUCGCCUCUUCCGGCGGAAGUGACGCCGCCUCAGCACGCAGAGGGGCGGGCGAUGCAAACGCCUGGGUGGGCUGGGCCGGCUGUUUGGCUCUCGAGCCGUGGGAUGGGGCGUUCAUUAAGAGAUUGGGGCGGGUCCCCAGGGGUUUGGGACUUUCAGGGAUGGCCUGGGCUCCCCUGGGAGCUGGCGGACCCCUGACGAUCCAGGGCGCGGGGCUCCAGGCCAGUAGUGUUCCUUUAGUGGUGAAAGUAAAACCCGAGGGAAGGAGGCUUUCCCCUGUCUCCAUGAGCCGCAAUUCCCUGGACGGCGACGAGGAGCACCUUGUGCCUGGCAGUGCUCUAGAAACGAUACAUUAUCAUCCAAAACAGCUCUGUGAGGCAGAUAGUGAGCCUAAAGAUGGCAAUGAGGAGCUUGGGUCUAAGUGUAUGAAUAUACCAGCAGAAGUGUGGAUUAGGGAAGAGAGACAAGAGAGCUCCGAGGUUGUUCCAGCUUGUACCUCCGGGGGUCACCCCUCCCACGCAAGCAGAGGUCCAGCCUCAAGGCCCCCAGCCCCGGGAGCAAAGGGGCAGCCGCGAGUCGGGGGGGAAUGGUUGGGGAGCAUGCUGCCCUCCAGCCCCACAGAGAGCUCUGGCUGCUCGGGCCGAGGCGGGGACGCGGUGGGAGGUGUGGCGAGGGCUACCAGCCCCUGUGGGCCAACCCACAGGAGAAGGCAAACUCGCCCAGAUCCGGAGCUGGUGAAACCGGCCAGAGGCGCCCGCACCAGACGCGCGCUCGCACCUGAGAAUGAGGCUCCCCAUUUGCGCCCUGCUCUGUGCGGGGGCCCUGGUCUUCUGCCAGCAGAGAAAGGUGAACGCUGGGAGUCCCUUACAUCUCUGGCCUCUCUCCUAGGCCUGUGUCUGGCUGUCCCCGAGAGAACUGUGAGAUGGUGCACCGUGUCAGAUCCUGAGGCCAGAAAGUGCUCCAGUUUCCAUGGCAAUAUGAUAAAAGUCCUUCCAGCUGAUGGUGCCCUUGUGACCUGUGUGAAGAGAACCUCUUACCUUGAGUGCAUCAAGGCCAUCACCACAAACCAAGCAGAUGCUGUGACUCUCGAUGCAGGAUGGGUGUUUGAGGCAGGCCUGGCGCCCCACAACCUGAAACCUGUUGCAGCAGAGCUCUAUGGGUCAAAAGAGAAUCCACAAACCCACUAUUAUGCUGUGGCUGUGGUGUUGAAGGGCAGCAGCUUCCAGCUGAACCAGCUCCAAGGCAAGAAGUCCUGUCACACAGGCCUGGGAAGGUCUGCUGGAUGGAACACCCCCAUCAACUUACUUCUCAGCGACUUGCCAGAGCCUCCAGUAUCCAAGUUCUUCUCGAGCAGCUGUGUCCCCUGUGCGGAUCUGGAAAGGUUCCCCAACCUUUGUCAACUGUGUGCAGGGGCGAGGACAGCCAAGUGUGCCUGCAACUCCCAGGAACCGUACUUCGGCUACUCAGGCGCCUUCAGGUGCCUGAAGGACGGUGUCGGGGAUGUGUGUUUUGUGAGGCACAUGACGGUGUUUGAGAACCUGCCAGACAAGGCUGACAGGGAUCAGUAUGAACUGCUCUGCCCGGACAACACCCGGAAGCCGGUGGACGCAUACAAGGACUGUCACCUGGCCCAGAUCCCUUCUCACGCCGUUGUGUCCCGAAGUGUGGACGGCAAGGAGGACUUGAUCUGGGAGCUUCUCGACAAGGCACAGAAAUAUUUUGGAAAAGGCAAGUCAGCAGAAUUCCAGCUCUUUGGCUCUCCUUAUGGGAAGGACCUGCUGUUCACAGAUGCUGCCCAUGGUUUUCUAAAGGUCCCCCCUAAGAUGGAUGCCUGGUUGUACCUGGGAUAUGAGCACAUCACUGUCAUUCAGCAUCUAAAGGGAGGUGAGGUCAACUCCAAGAGGGUGCGGUGGUGCGCAGUGGGCCACCAGGAGAGGGCCAAAUGUGACAACUGGAGUUCUGUGAGUGGUGGCGCCUUAGAGUGCACCAUGAAGGAGACCACUGAGGACUGCAUUGCCGCCAUUGUGAAAGGAGAAGCUGAUGCCCUGAGCUUGGAUGGAGGAUUCAUCUACACGGCGGGCAAGUGUGGUUUGGUGCCUGUCCUGGCGGAGAACUACAACCAUAACGAUGGCAAUGCAGGGCUUGGGUCUAAGUGUGUGAAUACACCUGUGGAAGGUUAUUACACCGUAGCAGUGGUUAAGAAAUCAGAUGCUGACCUCACCUGGAGCUCCCUGAGAGGCAAGAGAUCUUGCCACCCCGCGAUUGGCACAUCUGCAGGUUGGAACAUCCCCAUGAAUUUGAUUUAUAACCAGACCAAGUCCUGUAAAUUUGAUGAAUUCUUCAGUCAAAGCUGUGCCCCUGGGUCAGACCUCAAUUCCAGUCUCUGCGCUCUGUGCAGCAGUGGUGUAUCAAGUCCAGCCCACACGUGUGUCCCCAGCAGCCACGAGAGAUACUAUGGCUCUACAGGGGCUUUCAGAUAUCUGGUUGAGAAGGGAGAUGUGGCCUUUGUGAAGCACCCCACAGUCCUGCAGAACACUGACGGAAAGAACCCUGCCCCAUGGGCUAAGGAUUUGAAGCAGGAAGACUUUGAGUUGCUGUGCCUCGAUGGUACCCGAAAGCCUGUAACCGAGGCUCAGAGCUGCCACCUGGCCAUAGCCCCAAGUCAUGCAGUGGUCUCGAGAAAAGAAAAGGCAGAAUUUGUUCGCAGAGUACUCUUCAACCAACAGGAGCUCUUUGGAAGAAAUGGAUUUGAAUACGCAAUGUUUCAGCUGUUCACAUCUUCAAGCAACGACCUGCUGUUCAGUGAUGACAUGGAAUGUUUAGCCAACCUUCACAACAAAACAACUUAUGAAAAAUACUUAGGGCCUGAGUAUCUUAUGGCUAUUGGUAAUCUGAGACAAUGCUUAACCUCUGAACUUCUGGAGGUCUGUACAUUCUAUGGAAAUUAA